AUGUCCGAAGUCCGCCAACGCCAGAAACCCAACAACAAGAGCACCACCAAAGCCGGGAGCAACAACAGCAACAAGAAACCCUCCAGCAGCAGCAAAAAUGCCCGCGGCAUCAGCAUCCUCGACAUCAUCCGCGUGCUGGCCACGCUGGUGAUCGCCUCAUGCGGUCUGUCCUACUACAUGACCUCCUCGGAAUCCCUCCUCUGGGGCUAUCGCCCAUGGUUUACACGACUCCCCGUGCUCAUGCGCUUCUUGCAAGGCCCCCUAACCCUGACCCCCGCCCAACUCGCCCUCUACAACGGCACCGACCCGACCCUGCCCCUGUACCUCAGCGUGAACGGCACCAUCUUCGACGUCAGCGCCAACCCGCUCGUCUACGGGCCGGGCGGCCACUACAACUUCUUCGUGGGCCGGGACGCCACCCGCGCCUUUGUGACGGGCUGCUUCCAGGAGGACCUGACCUCGGACCUGACGGGCGUCGAGGAGAUGUUCAUGCCCAUCGACGACCCCGCCGAGCUGGCCGCCCUCCCCUCGGGGGAGCGGAAGAAGCGCCACGAGCAGGAUGUCCGCUACGCCCGGAGCCGCAUCGACCGCGCCGUCGCGCACUGGCAGGGGUUCUUCCGGAAUCAUAAGCGGUAUUUUGAGGUGGGGAGGGUGGUGGGGUUGGAGGAAGUGGUUGCUGCAUCCAACAAUAAGGAGGGUGGUGCUACGAGGGAGUUGUGUAAGGCGGCGAGGCAGCAGAGGCCGACGAGGAAGCAGGUGCUUGAGGCGCAGGCUGCUGGCAAGAGGUGA